AUGUCAGAAAUAGUGGAACCGAUGGUCGCAAUGAAAAUGUCACUAGAGGAAUUUGUUGCACUGAAAGCGUUUGUUUCAUGGAAAGGAACAAUGUGUGAAAUAAGUGACGGAAAUAAAUAUGCAAUGAGAGCAAUGCUGGAUGAACUUUGCACGUCACUGCAUCAAUAUUAUGAACAAAACCAUCAAAAUGAUCUUUCGGAACGUUUUGGUAAUAUCAUCCUGUUACUCUCUUCUGUCUUCGCUGUUGGUCUUCAGUUUGUUGAAAGUCACCAUGAAGUAGCUUUUUUUGAUCUAUGGCAGUUGGACAGCUUACUAGUUCAGCUCCUGAAAUGUGAAAAUCACUGA